CAGAAAAUCAACAUAAUAAUCUUUUUUAUCACAAAAUUUUGCAUUUGCAUGUGGCAACCUUAGUGAGUGUUACUGAGUCAUUUGAGCAUUGAACAAAAUCGGAAUAUAUUGGAUAACAACGGACAUCUUAAACCAAUUAAUAAUUAACCUGUCAGAAACAUAUGUGAAGUGAAAACAGUACAAUUAGGGAAAGGAUUUAAUAAAAUCGGUUGUUAUUCUAUAGUCGACCCACCACACAAAAGUAAGGGAAUAUGUCUUCGACUGUCCCUCUUAUAUUACAAGAGGACUGUGAGCAAGGAGGGAAAGAUAUUGAAAAUGGCAUCGAAGAUGAUUUCGCCUACAGAAACAAUGUGGCACAAGCUACCAAGCGUGUACGAAUGGCUUUUAUACGAAAAGUAUAUGGCCUUCUUUCCAUACAGUUAUUGUUGACUGUAAUCGUAGCGAGUAUUUGCUUGUUUACUCCGCCUGUGAAGGAAUUCAUCCAUGCAAAUGAUUGGUUACUAAUGAUCGCAUUCUUUGGAAGCAUCGGCUUAUUAAUUGCUUUACAUGUGAAACGUUUAGAAACACCUACAAACUUUAUUCUUCUAGCUGCAUUUACUGUAGUUGAGGCAUAUACUAUUGGGGUUGUGGUAUCUUUCUACUCUCAAGCUGUUGUGAUUCAGGCACUCGUUCUUACACUAAUAGUGGUCGGAUGCCUAACUGCCUAUACAUUCCAGACGAAACGUGAUUAUUCAUCAAUGCAUUCUGGUUUGUUUGCAGGUAUCUGCAUUCUCCUAGUCGCAGGCAUCAUGCAAUUGUUUUUCCAUUCCACCGUAUUAGAACUGGUCAUCUCGAUCGCUGGUGCAUUGCUCUUUAGCCUCUUUAUCGUCUUUGAUACGCAAAUGUUGAUGCAAACAUUAUCGCCAGAGGAAUAUAUUCUGGCUACGAUUAAUUUGUACCUGGACAUUAUCAAUUUGUUCUUACACAUCUUACGCAUUUUACAAUCGUUAAACAAUCAGUAAGAAGCAAAUCUGUAGCACACUAAGUCAUUAUAAUAAAGGUGGAACACUA